UAUCGCCACACACAUCGAGGCUCCUCCUCGGUGUAUAUUAACUGUAGGAGAUUCUCUCUCUACAUAUAUGUAUACUAUAUAUAUAUAUAUAUAUACACUUUUUCACAUUUCAUUUUCUCUUGGGUUUUUCUUUUCAGUUUUUACCCUCACCGUCUCUGCAAAACCUCUGUUUGAAACCCUGAAAAGUGGACUGAUUCAACAUAGAUGUCAAUACAUUGAUUUGCUGCUAAUUUAUUCUGGUUUCCUUUGACGGGUUAGGAUUUUAUGACUCCACCAACUCACUACUAUGUGCCCACUUCCUCAGCUUUUGCCUUUUUCAUCAUCACGGAUAGUGGUUUUUGGACAUGAAGAACUCAAUUCGUCUUGGGGCAGAAAAGGGUUGCUAUGUUUCGCUCGGGUUUUCAACUUCAAAGCCAGGCUCUGAAGUAGGAGAGGGAUUGUGUUUGGAAGCUUAGAAAAUCUGGUUACUUUCAUGAGCUGGUUUGUUCCAUUCUGAGGGGAAAAUGGGUUCUGUAAGUUCAAAAGCCGAAAAGACCGAUGCUCUGCGACUUUGCAAGGAAAGGAAGAGACACAUCAAGCAAGCUAUUGAUUCGAGGUAUGCUUUAGCAGCUUCUCAUGUUGCUUAUGUUCAAUCUCUUCGAAACAUUGGCAUUGCUCUGCGUAGAUUUGCCGAGGCGGAAGUGCUAUUAGAGUCAUCCAUGUCCACUUCGGCCACUGAACUUGACAAAACCCCAUCACAUUCUUCCUAUCCGUCACCCUCUCCUUCACACAUAGCCGAAGUUUCGGAUUCACCUCUGCAAAAUGGGAGCCCCCUUUCCCCUCUUGUGUCUCGAUUGAGUUAUAUGAGGUUAGGAGGGACUAGUUCUGUGACUGUUAGAGUCAAUCCAUCUAGUUUUAGUUAUGUGGAUGAUAGUGAAUCUAUGUCAUUUUCAAUGCCGCCACCUCCGCCUCCUCCUCCUGAGUGUGGGUCUUCUUGGGAUUUCUUUGACCCCUCUGAUGAUUGCGAGAGCUUUAGGUUUGUGAGACAGGAUGGACUGCAUUUUGAUGAUAUGAGAGUGUAUAGACAGGUCACUGAAGAAGAUGUUGGUUUAGAUGGCAAUAAUGAUGGACUUCAUGAAGGACACAUGACCCCUGAGUCGGAGCAUAAGCUGUAUAAAAUUUCCUGCAAUUCAGCUUCUCGAAAUGAUGGGUGUGAUCGAUUGAUAGCAAACAAUGUCCAUUCAAUUAGAGCUGAAGGAAUUGAUGGUGGUAGACAGACACUUAAUGGUAGAGUGAAACAAUCGGACACUGAACAGUGUGCGAAUGUUCCAGCUGGAUCUUUGAUAGACAAAGCUGCUUUGAAGCAGUCGAGCUCCAAGAGGGAUAGGAGUGUGGUGGACAAAGACAUACAUGCAGUAAGAGAGGAUCCUUCAGAAUUCAUUACCCACAGAGCUAAAGAUUUUCUCUCAAGCAUAAAGGACAUUGAGCAUCGUUUCUUUAGAGCAUCUGAAUCUGGCAAGGAAGUUUCCAGAAUGCUUGAGGCGAACAAAAUCCGGGUUGGAUUUUCAGAGGCAAAAGGGAGGUCAUCAGCAUCAACUUUAUUGGAGGCUUUCCAGCUAGUUUGUUGCCAGAGAGAGACUGCACUUGUUUCUCGAGGUAAAUCUCGAGAACCUCCACAACAUAUGGCAAAGAUUAUCACUUGGAACCGUUCAACAUCUUCACAGUCAUCUUCAUCAAGGAAUCCUCUUGCUACAGCGUCAAGAGAUGACAACGACGACAGUGGAAGUGAUUUUGCUGAAGAGUUCUGCAUGAUAGCAGGAAGCCACUUCUCUACUCUGGACAGACUGUAUGCAUGGGAAAGGAAACUCUAUGAUGAAGUAAAGGCCAGUGAGUCAAUUAGGAAGGAGUAUGACCUGAAGUGUAACCAGCUUAGGCACCAGUUUGCAAAGGAUCUUAGUGCCCAAGUGAUUGACAAAACCCGAGCAGUGGUGAAAGAUCUUCAUUCACGAAUAAGAGUGGCACUUCAUGCCGUUGAUUCAAUAUCAAAGCGAAUUGAGAAAAUGAGGGAUGAAGAGUUGCAGCCACAACUUGUAGAACUGAUUCAAGGAUUAAUCAGGAUGUGGAAGGCCAUGCUUGAAUGCCAUCACGCACAGUACAUAACAAUAUCAUUAGCAUACCAUGCUAAAAGCUCAACAGGAACUCCCCAGGGAGAUGCACAGAGGCAGAUUAUGUCUCAGCUCCAGCAUGAGAUUGAUUGCUUUGGCUUGAGUUUUGCAAAUUGGAUCAGCAGCCAUACGUCAUACGUGGAAGCUCUCAAUGGUUGGUUGCAGAACUGCAUCUUGCAACCACGAGAGCGAUCCAAGGGCAGAAGGGCGUUCUCCCCUCGUCGUGUUCUGGCCCCACCUAUAUUUGUUCUAUGUCGUGAUUGGUCAGCUGGGAUCAAAGAUUUGCCAUCUGAUGAACUUAGUAAAUCCAUCAAAGCCUUUUUAUCUGAUCUGCACCAUUCAGCUGGGCACCAAAUGGAGGAAUUGCAGGACAAACAAAGAACACUUGAUGCAAGCAACAAUGAGGAGUUGGAAAGUAAAGACGGUGAGAAGAAUGAUGAUAGGUCGUCAAAGCUAUGCUGCAUACAAGCAAGUUUGACAAAGGUUCUUGACCGACUCACCAAGUUCUCAGAGGCUUCACUGAAAAUGUAUGAAGAUAUUCGACAAAAAAGUGAAGCAGCUCGAAAUGCAUAUUCGAACUACAAGCCAGCUAGAUACUGAUGGUAAUGUAAUUAUAAAAUAUACAAGUGCUUCUUAGUUGUUGGUUGGAAAUAUAUAUUUGUAAAAUUGAAAGUUGUUACUGAGCUAUUCAAUCCUGUUGCAGCUUGACAGAUGAGUAUAAUGGUUCUUCAAUCUUUAUGGUA